AUGAUGUGUUCCUUGGCUCUGUUCCCGCCUCCGCUGCCCGACUAUGGAGAGACUUCUCAAUACGACGAGUCCAACACAGAUCCAGCAUCAGUCUGGUUUGGGGUGGGUGGGCAGGCAGGCUAUCAUAUCAAUGCCAAUCCUAGGACUAGUUACCAAAAACUGUCACUAAUAUUUAGAUGUUUACUCUUAUCACCUGAUAUUAGGAACGUGUGUGUAUAUGUGUGUAUAUGUGUGUAUAUGUGUGUAUAUGUGUGUAUGUGUGUGUAUGUGUGUGUAUGUGUGUGUGUGUGUGUGUGUGUGUGUGUGUGUGUGUGUGUGUGUGUGUGUGUGUGUGUGUGUGUGUGUGUGUGUGUGUGUGUGUGUGUGUGUGUGUGUGAGAGAGAGAGAGAGAGAGAUAUGUGUCUAAUCUAUUUCCUUUUGCUGUAGGAUUCACAUGCUCUGAAUCUGUACUUCCCGCGAGAGUCACUGAAGCCUCACAGCCGCCAAGAGAGCAGCAGCAAGGCAGCCUUUCGGGACCACUGUGAGACACUGUACACAAGGAGUGCAGGGGCUUGGUGUGUGUGACACACAGACACAGACAGACAGAGACACACACAGUCAAUUCUAAAGCCCUGUUCACUAAUCCCCACCUCUGUGUCUGUAUGCUAGGCGUGAUGCAGGCCUCUCUGGACUCCUAAAUGAAAUAGCUAACUCCAGUGCAGAGGGUGAGUGCCAUGUUAUCUUAAUUAUUUCACGGUCAUGAAAGUAUUACAUGCAGACUGCGCUUCUGAUAAGAAAGUGUUCAAUAAUGCAAGAGUUUGUGUAACUCUUUAAUGUGUGUGUGUUCACAGUGCCCAAGUGGCUAGGGGUUAGCUCUAGCUGUGCCCUGGCUUUGCUACGGUGGGUCUCCUCCUUCCACGGCUCUCUGUUUCCUCAUCUCACAGUAAGUGGCCUAGUCUCACAGUCAGUUCACAUGGCUAACAUAGAAAUCUGCAGGCUUCUCUAACUGACUGUCAUUGUCUGCCCUUUGUCUUCAGUUAAGCAGCGAGGACAUGACCGCCGAGUUCUCCCAGGUGCUCGGCUGGUAAGACCACCUCUUUAGUUUCAGUUCCGAAUUAGAUCCUUAAAUAUACCCUCUCUUAUGUCCUGUAUGGCCUUGUCAAAUAUGAGUUAUUUCUUAACUUUAGGGCAGUGGUCACCCACUGGUCGAUCACGAACUUGCGCUCCUUUUUUUAUUUGUAUUAGUGCGCCGCUGUUUGCGGUGGGUACACUUGAUUCAGAAGCCCUGUGCAGCGGGUAGUCAAAGGGUUCCCAUUUUCAACCAUUUCAUUUGUCUGAAAAUACAAACUCUGCCUACCCGGCGGACCGGGAGAUCUCUGGCUAAAUCGAGUGUGCCUGCUGCGCUGGCCAAUCGGAUAGCUCAAAUCACCGUGCCUACAGUUUCCACAACCCUGGCCACAGCAAAAUUUGAUACUAGCCUUCCUGAGAUACAUAACAUUUAAAACCUUGACCAGAGAAAGAGAGACUGUCAAAGAAUACAGCAAAGAGCAGCUGUUUUUAUGAGUGAGUUUAUGUCUAAGAUUUUAUUCAGCACUGUCAACACUGUUUUUAUUCAACACUAUUACAAAACAUAAAACUUACUUCUCCCUGCUUCCACUGGCACUGCAAUGAAUGAUGAAUGAGUAGCCAAGUGUAUCGAUAGCCCUGUGUUUUCAUUAUUAUUAGCAGCUCGUUGUCUAUUUUAAUAAUGAGGAAUAUUUCACAUUCUCUGGUCAUAGGAACAACAUGAAUUUGUUGUGCAUGAGGCAGAGGUACAACUCGAGUUUCGCCAUCAGGUGGAAGACGAUGUCCCCUCUCUCUGGUCAGUCUCACCGGAGGAAAGAAAGGAGAGAGCAGGGACCAUGAGAGGCGGACCCUCUGCUGCUCUCUCCCUCCCUCCGCUGAGACUAAUGCUGUGUUCAAAACAACUGGGAACUCUGAAAUUUCCGACUUCAGUGUGUUCAAGACAACUAGGAACUUAAAAAAAAAAAGCAAGAGAUACGACUGGGAAAAAUGGUUUUGAACAGUCAUUCAACUCGGAAUUCCAAGUCGCAAACUUGGGUAUCUUUCUAGAGCUCCAAUUUUCCGACCAGAAGAUCACUGACGAUUCAGUUAAAACAAAAAUCUGACAUUGAUUGAUUUAUCAAGACAAGUCCCCACGCUUGUCUCAAAACAGCACGAUGGUGCUGUCCCUAUCAAAACGGUGCUGAAAUUAUAGUUGACCACACUUGGCUAUUGUUUUAAAUGAUUUAAAACUGUUAACUUUGGGAGUUUGAGUAAGCAACAAAUUAAAACAUUCCUUCAGUGACAUUAGCCUACUUUAUUCCAAUAUUUUUGUCAUUUAUUGGUAUUCAUUCCCACAGUAAACAUUUAUUGGUAUUCAUUCCCACAGUAAAUAUUUAUUGGUAUUCAUUCCCACAGUAAAUAUUUAUUGAUCCAACCAGUUGUGGUUAAGAACGCAUAGUGGUGGGCUUUGCGAAGUUACAUGCCUCACAAAGUUUAGAACUGCCACGAGGAUGGUAACAGCCUGGUAACGGGCGCUGCCUAGCAACCAUCAUUAUGAAGUAUCAAAUCUCAGGAAUGCGCAUUGUUUACACCGGACAUAGCUACAACUAGUCUUAUUUUUGGUUGGUGAAAAAGGUGUAAAUUCUGAUCCCUAAGUCGGAACAUAGCUACCCGACCUAGCAUUUAAGACUAGGGCUGUGGCGGUCAUGACAUUUUGUCAGCCUGUUAUUGUCAAGCAAAUGACUGCUGGUCUCAUGGUAAUUAACCGUUCAUUAACAUAAACACGUUUAGCAUCUAUUUUAAUUUUUUCCCUAUCUUUAUAUCAAAUAGUAAUUUUGUUUCUUAUUCUAUGAUUUGUCAUUUCCAUACUACAUAUUUCGUUAACGGUUUCUUUCCAAUUGCUUAUUUGGGGUGCCAGCGGUUUCAGCCAGUUUCUAGUUAUCUUUUUAACUGCUGUUAUUCUCAGAAUUCUGAAGAGGUACUUAUUUACAUUUUAGUCAUUUAGCAGACGCUCUUAUCCAGAGCGACUUACAGUUAGUGAGUGCAUACAUUAUUAUUUUUAAAUUUUUUCAUACUGGCUUAUCAGAGUCGAGGACCAGUGCAUGAGUUGUCCUCCCCAGGAGUAUGUGUUCUGGAUUUAGAGAAAGUAAACAUUUGAACAUAUCAUCCAAUACUUUGUAUACUUCGAUCCAGAAAUGAUUGAGGACUGGGCAGGAAUAAAAUAUGUGAGUGUGGUUAGCUCUGCUCUCCCCACAGUUACGCCAGUAAGUUGGUGUGAUGUCACGGUUGUAUUUUGAUUGUGUUAUAGGAGUUAUAAAAAAUCUUGACUGAAUUUUCAAGAGUAUUCCCUCCAGAGUAGAGAGGUGGUUGUCUUGGAUGUGUUUCUAGAUAUGUCCUCCCAGUCCUCUUGGGUUAUUACUGUACUGAUGAAAAAUAUAAACACAACAUGCAACAUUUUCUAUGAUUUUACUGAGUUAAAGUUCAUAUAAGGAAAUCAGUCAAUUUAAAUAAAUAAAUUAGGCCCUAAUCUAUGUUUUUCCACGUGACUGGGAAUACAGAUAUGCAUCUGUUGGUUACAAAUACUGUACCUUUAAAAGAAAAGUAGGGGCGCGGAUCAGAAAACCAGUCAGUAUCUGGUGUGACCACCAUUUGCCUCAUGUAGCGCGACACAUCUCUUUCGCAUAGAGUUGAUCAGACUGUUGAUUGUGGAACGUUAUCCCACUCCUCUUCAAUGACUGUGCGAAGUUGCUGGAUAUUGUCGGGAACUGGAACAAACUGUCGUACACAUCGAUCCAGAGCCUCCCAAACAUGCUCAAUGGGUGACAUGUCUGGUGAGCAUGCAGGCCAUGGAAGAACUGGGACAUUUUCAGCUUCCAGGAAUUGUGUACAGGUCCUUGCGACAUAGGGCCGUGCAUUAUCAUGCUGAAACAUGAGUUGAUGGCUGCGGAUGAAUGGCACGACAGUAGGCCUCAAGAUCUCGUCACGGUAUCUCUAUGCAUUCAAAUUGCCAUCGAUAAAAUGUAAUUGUGUUCGUUGUCCGUAUCUUAUGCCUGCCCAUACCAUAAUCCCACCGCCACCAUGGGGCACUAACGUUGACAUCAGCAAACUGCUCACCCACACGAUGCUAUACACGUUGUGAGGCUGGUUGGACAUACUGCCAAAUUCUCUAAAACGACGUUGGAGGCGGCUUAUGGUAGAGAAAUUAACAUUAAAUUCUCUGGUAACGGCUCUGAUGGACAUUCCUGCAGUCAGCAUGCCAAUUGCACGCUCCCUCAACUUGAGACAUCUGUGGCAUUGUGUUGUGUGACAAAACUGCACAUUUUAGAGUGGCCUUUUAUUGUCCCCAGCACAAGGUGCACCUGUGUAAUUAUCAUGCUGUUUAAUCAGCUUCUUGGUAUGCCACACCUGUCAGGUGGAUGGAUUAUCUUGGCAAAGGAGAAAUGCUCACUAACAGAGAUGUAAACAAAUUUGUUCACAAAAUCUGGGAGAAAUAUGCUUUUUGUGCAUAUGGAACAUUUCUGGGAUCUUUUUUAUUUCAGCUCAUGAAAUAUGGGACCAACACUUUACAUGUUGUGUUUAUAUUUUUGUUCAGUGUAAUUAAGAGAUGUAUAUCACUAAGUGUUUUAUUAGGUCCCACUGCUUUAGUAAGGUAGCUUCUUGCUUGUAAAUAAUUGUAAAACUGAGAGUUCUGGAGGUUGUACAUUAUUGAUAGAUUCUAAAAUGUAUCUAUCCCCUUGUCUGUAAACAUCUGAUAAUACUUGGUCAGUCCAUUUUCAGCCCAUAAUUUAAAUCUAUCACCAAUCAUACUUGGCUUAAAGUUGCCAUCCAUUACAAUUUCUCGCAGGUAGAUCAGGUCUGUUUUGAUGCAUCAAAUACAAAUUCACGGUAGUUGUAGGCAAACCCUUUGUGCCGCCCUGCACAAUCAAUGAACCAAUAGCAUCGCCUAGGCCUAUACGUUCUCUCUCAGACUCAUGGAUAGAAAGUUUGGAGUGUCGCAUAAGUUAACCAGUCCAGCCAGUAUGCAUAAUAAUACAGUCCACACUCAAAGGUGAUUACUAGAAUUUGUUACAUUUUUGGAGUAUAAGCUAGACCAAUUAUGUUCCAAAUACACAUUUUAUUUUAUAUGUUUUUCUGCUAUGUGUAGUAGGCCAAUGCAGUAGGCUAUUAGGCUAUGUAUUGUACACUUAGUGUACAAAACAUUAGGAACACCUUCCUAAUAUUGAGUUGCACCCCCUUUUGUCGAACGCGUUCCACAGGGAUGCUGGCCCAUGUUGACUCCAAUGCUUCUCACAGUUGUGUCAAGUUGGCUGGAUGUCCUUUGGGUGGUGGACCAUUCUUGAUACACACAGGAAACUGUUGACCGUGAAAAACCCAGCAGCGUGCAGUUCUUGACACACUCAAACCGGUGUGCCUGGCACCUGGAACCAUACCCCGUUCAAAGGCACUUUCAUAUUUUGUCUUGCCCAUUCACCCUCCGAAUGGCGCACACAAACAAUCCAUGUCUCAAUUGUCUCGAGGCUUAAAAAUCCUUCUUUAACUGGUCUCCCCUUCAUCUACGCUGAUUUAAGUGGAUUUAACAGGUGACAUAAAUAAGGGAUCAUAGCUUUCACCUGAAUUCACCUGGUCAGUCCAUGUCAUGGAAAGAGCAGGUGUUCCUAAUGUUUUGUACACUCAGUGUAUAACGGCACAAUCUUUAUUUUAAUUUCUUAUUUUUUUGGCUUGGGCUCAUAUAUAGGCCUAUAUGUAUGCAUAAGCUCUGCAUAUGGGUGGUUUUUAAUUAAUCAUCACCUUAGAAAGCGCUGUCCAUUUCCGUUUUUGACUUUGAAACAACAUCCACAAUGACCAUGUUUUCCAUUCAGUUUCAACCUGCUGUUGAACUUCUUUCUUCAAAUUGAUCGAUCACAGUGAAGUAAGUUUUAAAAGCAUGAUACUAUUUUGAUGAUAAGUCUUUUAUGUGAUUUUCGAUUGCGUUUGCAUUGAUGUAAGAGUGGUUAGAGGGACAAUAGAGCCCUCAGUACCAGGCCAUUAGUGACCUGACCGGUCAUUAGAGAGUUGGGUACAACCAACGCAUGUCCAGAGUGCAUAGGAGGAGAUUACUGUUACUCAACGGUCGCGUGGAAUUUGACUGCUGGUGUGGCAGUAAUACCGUCACCGCAACAGCCCUAUUAAAGACCAACGUUUUUUACGCCCAACUGGUGCAACCAGACCCUGUUCAUGCUCCCUGUGUUUCAGGUCGGACUGUGCAGUGCGGAGCUUUGCCUGGCACCCACACACACAGAAGUGUGCUGUGGCCCUGCUAGACGACUCCAUCAAGAUCUACAACCCCAAGAGGUAAGCAGCAGACUCAUGGCCCCGCUGUCAGUCUGUUGCCAUUGUGCUGUAUCAUUGACUAUUAAACUCUAUGGGAGAUUCUCAAUUGGGCAAAAGGUUCUGUGACCCAAAAAUUGAUAAGUGUUCGAGGAGUGUCAUUUCGUUAGUAGGCGAAUGGAGGAGUAUGCUCACCUCCUCGAUUACAUCCUUCGGCAGAGGAUUCACAAGAGUAUCCUACGGGCGGCUAUCGCGGACAAGUUUUGAAACCAGUCACGGCCCCUUUGAAACAGCUGUUGUGUUCUUGGAGAAGAAAAUAAUGCACAUAUUUAAAAUCAAAAUGCUACUUAUCCUUUUAUCUAUAAAAUAUCUAGCACAACUACAUUUUUACUACUUAACACAUUUAUUUUGGUAUUCCAUAUAAGCGCAAUUGUUUCCUCUCCUUGCCGCUUAUCCUCAAUUUAUUUUUGACCUUUUUCAAAAGGCGAGGAGAGGACGCGAGGAGCCAAGCAAAACCAAUUGAGAAUCUCCCUAUGGGCCGGUUUCCUGUCCUUUCCAUGUCCUCAAAAUCAUAUUCAGUCAGACCAACCUAGUGCGGUGUUAAACUUCUUCUGUCUCUCUCUCUCCCUCAGUGCUACUACUCCUACCCUAAAGCACCGUCUGCAGCGCAGUGUGGCAGCCCUGCAGUGGAAGCCUCUGUGUGCGUCUGCCCUGGCCGUCGCCUGUCACAACUGCCUGCUGAUCUGGCACGUGGACCCCACCUCGCUCUCUACCAGGUACACACGCUUUAUGUACAGUACAUUAGUCAUUAUUAUACUCUUGAGCUUUCUUUCUCCGCCCUUCCUAUUUCUCAUUCAAUCUCUUUCUAUCUCUCCUUCCCUCCCACAGGCCCUCUUCUGGCUGUGCCCAGGUCCUGUCCCACCCAGGCCACUCCCCCGUCACUUCCAUCGCAUGGUCACCUAAUGGAUCACUCCUGGUGUCGGCCUCUCCCAGGGACACUGCCAUGCUGGUAGGAACCAGCAGCCUCAGCCUCUACUCUACUGCUACUCAGCUGUGAAAGUGUUUUACUGUGAUGUUGGAACAUCCUUGUGACUCUCGUGCUCUCUCUCUCUUUGUCUCUGUUUCUGUCUAUCUCUGUCAGGUGUGGGAUGUAGCUGUUGAGAGCUGUGUGCCUCUCCACCGUGUGGGAGGGGGAGGAGUCACGUACCUGUCCUGGUCCCCCGAUGGCAGUCGCGUGCUGGCAGCUACACCCUCCUCCCUCUUCAGGUCAGAGACGGUAGUGCAGGAGAGUUUUAUGUAGUGUUGAUGUUUCUGUAUUACUGUAUAUGUGUAUUAUAUAUGUCUUAUGUGUGUGUUGCUGCAGGGUUUGGGAAACCAGGAUGUGGACUUGCGAGCGGUGGCCUUGUCUGAAGGGACGCUGUCAGGUGAGACACCUGGUCUGUGUGUCUGUGUCUGUGUCUGUGUGUUUGUGUGUUUGGCUAACUGUCUCUCUGUAACUGUCUAGUCUGGCAGUUGGAGUCCUGAUGGGAGUCGGCUGCUCUUCAGUGUGCAAGGAGAGACUGUCAUCUAUGCCCUGACUUUCACUGACACCCCAGGUACACACACAAACACACACACACAAUUCCAUGUACAAUAUGAUGCAGUCCAACCUCUUAGUUGUCUUACACUGUGUGCUGUGUGCUUGCAUUGUUUGUUUUGAUGUGUAAGUUUUCCUCUUUCUCCACUAGGGAUGCCCUUAGGGAUGUCAGGGGGGCCUAAGGCAGCAACAGUGGUGGCUGACCUGUCUGAGACCACCUUAAAUACACCAGACGGAGAUAUGGCGUAAGGAAAGGCCUGAGUUAACUAGUCAUUCACUAAACUAGUUGUUGAUUAACCUUACAGAUUGGCUUAUUGUGUGUGUCAGGGUCGGAGGAGAGAUCCAGUCGCUAGCAUGGGACCCGACAGGAGAAAGACUAGCUGUGCUUCUCAAAGGUCAGGCUCUUUCCCUCCUCUCCUCUUUCUCCAAGUUGAAAAGUGUGUUUUGUCAUCGUCUCUCCUUCACUCACUUCCUCCCUCUUACCUGUUCCAUCAGGAGAUGCUGAAGCAGGCCGCCCUGCCAUGAUCGCAGUGUUCAAGACUCAAAUCAACCCCGCUUUUAAGCUUCUGCCAUGGUAUGUGCUCUAGUAUAUUACAUUGCCAGGAGGGUGUCUCAGUGUAUCUCGGUGGUGAUCAGUGUUGUGUAUCUCUGUAUGUCAGUGGUAAUAACUGUCUGUCUAUGUGUGUCAGUGGUUUUGUCCAGGGGGAGGCCGGGACAGAACCCAGACUGAUGCGAUUCAACCCCAACUACCAGCAUGGAGCCCAGCUCACUGUGGUCAGUCUCUCUAUAAACUCUACUCUUUACAUUUAGGGGACCACCAGGCAUUUAGAUGUUGCCCCACAGUGCUGCUUAAACUGAUCUUAAAGCUAUAGUUUACUCUCAAUUUAAAGUUUAUUUGUUUUUUGUUUUACUCAAAGUAAUUUAUGCAUUAAUGUCAUUUGAAUGGGAAAGAUGGGCAAUGAGACUUCAACUAGAAAUUCUAGAUGGUCUACACACUGAUCAUUCCAUUUUACAUGGCUGUUGAUGUGCUGUAGUGAAUAGAGCACCAGGUCUAGCUAGGUGGUGCUAAACUCAUCCCAGUGACUGUAGUGAUGUUGUCUCUCCACAGUGUUGGUCUAAUGGGAAGAUUACCCACGUGCCUUUCUACUUUAUGAGUGCUGGGAAUCCCCAGCCCGGCCUGGGAGGCAGCCCCCAUCUCCCCCUGUCCCAGGGCAGGCCAGCCGACUACGCCAACCAGACACUCUACACCGAACUCAUCUCCUGACCACACACACACACAAACUAAUACAGAAACCAUAUUUCAAAUCACGUUUGUAAGUGGAAUUUAUAAUUUUUUGAACACUUGGUAAAUAAACGUGUACAAAGUGUUACGCAAAUGGAGGAUUAUUGUAUUUUUUUAUGCCUA